AUGGCGCUUAACAUCAUUGUUCCCCUUCUGUUAACCAUGGUUACCUGCAAGGAAACAUGUGCAGUCAUCAUUGCACUGCACAAAAAGGGCCUAACAGGAAAGUUUAUAGCAGCUACCAAGAUUGCACCUCAGUCAGCCAUCUAUCGGAUCAUCAAGAGCUUCAAGGAGAGAGGUUCAAGUGUUGCCAAAAAGGCUCCAGGACGCCCAAGAAAGUCCACUAAGUGCCAGGACCGUCUCCUGAAGUUGUUUCAGCUGCGGGAUCGGGCCGCCACCAGUGCAGAGCUUGCUCAGGAAUGGCAGCAGGCAGGUGUGAGUGUAUCUGCACGCACAGUGAGGCGAAGACUUUUGGAGGCAGGCCUGGUGUCAAGAAGGGCAGCAAAGAAGCCACUUCUCUCCAGAAAAAAUAUCAAGGACAGACUGAUUUUCUGCAAAAAGUACAGGGAUUGGACUGCUGAGGACUGGGGUAAAGUGAUUUUCUCAGAUGAAUCUCCUUUCCGAUUCUUUGGGACAUCUGGAAAAAGGCCUGUCCGGAGAAGAUGA